AUGGGACUCUGGAGUUGGCCAAGCCCGUAUGCGUUGAAGUUGGUAACUGUGGGUGAGAGUAAGUACGGCUCACAAUAUGUGAAUCCGUGUGCAUGGCCGUCCGUGGUGGUGGCGCAAUGUGAGCAGCCAUGUGCGUGGCCAUCUGCGCUAGUGCCUCAAUGUAAGGAGCCGUGUACGUGGCCGUCUGUGCUUGUACCCCAAUGUGAGAAGCCGUGUGCUUGGCCGUCUGUAGCGGUACCUCAAUGUGAGAAGCUGUGUUCGUUGCCAUCUGUGCUGGUGUCGCAAUGUGGCCAGUCGUGGGGAUGGCCGUCACCGUGGUAG